CUUUGUAUUUUUCUCAGUAUGUUAUUAACUCCUCUCACAGCUUUUAUUUGAUAUUCUUCAGACCAUGUACAGUUGUAAUGGACACGAAGAAAAUCUGCAUGUGGCACUUUAGAAGUGUGCUACAUGUUCAUAUCUUUGUAAUUUUCCCAGCAUGAUAUCUAAAGGCAUGGCCUAAAAUAUUUCAUUUUAUGUCAGUGAAUAAUGUAUUAAAUCAACCAUGCCAUUUUGGCCAAUUUUAGUAUUUCUUGAAACCAACCCUAACCUUAACGUCUAUACCUGUAGUCUGUAAUGCAUAUUUAAAUAUAUUUCAGGUUCUGUUCAGGAGUCCCUAAAUGGUAUUCAAUGUUCUGCAAUGCUUCCAGAGGAAACUUGUUAUGUUAAUGAAGAAGAUACUAACGGUGAUGAUGAACAGGUGGAAUCAGUUCAAAAGAAUGUUCCUAGGACAUCUAGAAAAUGCUCAGUGAAAUGGUCAAGAGAAGAUAGCAUUAUUGUAAGAAAUCAUUUUAGGGACUUUGUAUAUCAGACUGCCAUCUGCUCCACAAAUGAGAGACCACUGCAAAGCAAAGAGGUCAUUCUUCAAUUUCUCACAACAACUAACUUACAGAGCAUCAGAGGUUUAACUGCACAUGAACAAUACACCAAAGUCAGAACAAAGCUAUUUAAUGACAGACUGUGAGAACAAAAACAGCAACAUCCAUGACAAAAAUGUCAGGAACAAAGUAAAAGCAAUAAACAGAUUUUAGAUCUACAGUUGAAGCUGAUACAUUACCCUAUUGUCUGUCCAUCUGUUGUCAUUUCUUGUCAUCACAUUUCCUUCUAAGUUAACGAGAAGAUUUGCAUGAGACUUUACCGGAAUGAUUUCCUAGUGAUUUAGUUGGUUCUAAUGAAUUUUAUGGAGUUCAACCCCUAAGGAGCCAUGACUUAAAAAGUCAUCACAUUUCCUCCUAGGUCAUUGAUUGGAAUUUGAUAAAACUGAACAAGAAUGAUCCCCUAGUUUCCAAGAUUUCUGAAUGUCACUUUCCUUUUUAUUCUUUGAGCAUAAGGGUUAAAGCUUGAAUUGAGACAUGGUCUAUGUCUUUGAGGUCAAAAGGUCAAGGUCACUGGCCUGAAUGAAUACUUAUAUUUUACAGUUUAUAGCUCUACUGAGCUUAUGUGAUACCCUGUCGUCUAUCCAUCUGUAAACUUAAGGUUCUUUGCAUGGAACAGAUUUUGAUAAAACUCAUAAAAUGAGCUGGUAGUGGUCUAGAUGGUACAAAUCCAAUUUUAUUGGGUUCUGACCCCUAGGGGUCGAAUAAGGGGCCACACCCUUAAAACUUGUAAUAGCAUCUCCUGAGGUAAUGAAUGGAUUUUGAUCAUACCUACCUAGAAUGAUUCCCUAGUAGUUUAGUUGGUCUUAAAUUUUCAUAGGGGUCUGACCCUCAGGGGCCCAGUUAACUGCCACAUCCCAAAAAGUUUGUUAUUUGCCUCUCCUCCUAGGUUAUAAGUUGCAUUUUGAGGAAACUUACUAUGAAUGAUACCUGACUAGUGUGAUUGGUUCAAAUAAGCUCUCAUGGUGGUCCUACCCCUAAGGGCUUAGUAAGGGUGAACCCUAAAAAAUUGUUAUUGCAUCUCUUCCUACAUUAUUGGUUGGAUAUUGAUAAAACUUACUCAGAAUAAUCCCCAAGUGGUCUAGUUGGUUUUAUAAAUUUUUAUGGGGGUCAGAACUCCAGUUCCCACUUAGGGGCCAAGCCCUAAAAAGUUUGGUAUCACAACUUCUCCUAGGUUUUUGGUUGUGUUUUGAUGAAACAUACCCAGAAUUUUCCCUUAUUGGUCUAAUUAGACCUUAUAAAUUUUCAUGGGGGUCCGUUCCCUAUGGGCCUAUUUAAGGGCCACCCCAAAAGUUCUCCUAAGGCAAUGGAUGGAUGUUGAUAAAACAUACAGCAUAAUCCUCUAAUGGUGUAGUUGGUCCUAAUGAAUUUUUAUCGGGGUCAGACCUCUAGGGAUCCCAUUAGGCACCUCAAGUUUGUUGUCCCAUUUCCUACUCCUAGGUAUUUGGUUCGAUUUUGAUGAAACUUAUGCAAAUUGAUCCCCUAGAAGAUUAUUUGUUCUUAUGAAUUUCAUAGGAAUUGACCCAGUUAAUGGCCAUCCCCAAAAAAGAUUAUUAUUGCAUCUCCUUCUAUGUCAUUGGCUGGAUUUUGAUAAAACUUUCGCAGAAUAAUCCCCUAGUGGUGUAGUUUGUCCUUAUGAAUUUUCAUGGGGCUCUUGACCCAGUCUGACAAAGUAAGAGGCAACCCCUUAAUAAGUCUGUCAUUGAAUCUUUUCUCAGGUUUUUGGUUGGAUUUUGGAGAAACUUUCCCAGAUUGAUCAUCUGGUGGUCUAGUUGAUCCUUAUGAAUUUUCAUAGGUGUCUGACUGUAGGGGCCAAGUAAGGGUAAUCACAUCUCCCAGGUUAUUAGUUGGAAUUUGAUGAAACUUACUCAGAAUAAUCGUCUAGUGCUUUAGUUGGUGCUAAUGAAUUAUCAUGGGUGUCCUACCCCUACAAGCCCAAUCAGGGACCACACCCAAAAAGUAAUGAUGGCAUCCUCCUAUGUUAUUGGUUGGAUUUUGUUGAAACUGACCAAGAAUGAUCCCCUAGUGUUGUAGUUGGUCCUAAAAAAAAUCCAUCCUUAGGGGCCCAGUAAGAGGUCACAUUCAAAAGAGUAUGUUAUUGCAUUUUCUCCUAAGAUACCAGCUGGAUUUUGAUGAAACUUGCCCUCAAUGAUCCCCUGAUGUAGUUUGUCCCAAUUCUUAUGUGGACAAGUCCCAAGGAACAAAGUUAAUGCUAUGCCUAAGUAAAUUUUAAGAAUUUAAUUAUUUCUGCAUAUGUCAGUAGAGCAUCAGGUCCUCUUGGACCUUUCAUGAACAUGCUGUAACCUACCUACAGGUGGGGAUACUCAUUUAAAUUUCACUUUAAAUAAUAUAAUCAUGUUGUCAUGAAUUCUUAAAAUGCUUUAUGUACAUCUCUGAGAAAUCAUAGUUACUUUUUAAAUUGCAAUAAUGUCUUAUAUACUGGGAGAUUGUUUCAAUAAAUGUUAAAAUGUU